AUGCAAGAAACUUUAGAAGACAUAAAAAGUUUCGAAGGACAGGUUGACUUUAAAACAGGUGCAGAAUGUACAGGACUACUUUGUUUUUUGCAGUCUUUUAAUUUUUUAUUGACAGCACAUAUUUUUAAAAGAGUAUUUGAUCUUAUUGAACCUGUUAGUAGAGCUUUACAAGCUCAUAAUAUUGAUAUACUUAUGGCUAUUGAACUAAUAAAGAAAACAGGAAAAAAUAUUAAAUGUUUGAGAUCUAGUGAAAUGUUUUUCAAUAUAUAUGAAUCAGUAAGAAAAUUUGCCAAAGACAAUAAUUUUGAAUUUGAACUGACCUUACCAACAAGAAGACAUAGACGAGUUCCACGCCAACCUGGUGAAUUGUCUAAUGAUGAACAAAUAAAUGAUCCUGUGAUGGCUUAUAAAGUAAACACUUAUUUUGUAAUUAUUGAUAAAGUAUCAUCGGAACUUCAUAAAAGCAAUAUGAAAAACAAAAAUAUACCUGUUGAUGCAUUUUCAUCUAUCUGUAAUAAUUAUAACAAAAUACUUAACAAAGAAGAUUUUGUGCGAGAAUAUGAACAACUUAUAAAAUCAAAUAUUAAUUUAAUAUCUUUAGAUAAAAAUGUAUCUGUAGUUUUAAAUGCAUUAUCAGACGAGUCAGAUUCAAGUAGUUCAAAUAACUCUGUGGUUCAAAAUGAAUCUAUUGAUGAUUCUCAAAGUAUUUUGAAAACAUAUCAAAUAUUUAUUAAUAAAGGGUUACUAAACAUUUUUCCAAAUUUAUUUAGUGUUCUUAAAAUUGGUGUUACAUUACCAAUUUCCAGUGCAUCGCCAGAAAGAACUUUUUCAAAACUUAAGUUAAUAAAGACAAGACUUCGUUCUACCAUGAUCCAAGAUCGACUUGAAGAUUUAAUGAUCAUUUCCUGCGAAUCUAAUAUAAAAACUAAUACUGACAAAAUUAUUGAUAACUUUGCCAUGAGGUCUUCUGUUUUAACAAAAGCUUUGACCUAUUAA